CCGGCUACGUUUAUAGUUCUAUUUAUUUUAUUGGUUUUUACUGAUCGUAUCUGUAAUGUGUAGUAUUUAUUACCUUAUUUCUCUACUAAGAGAUCGUCUUAAUAUAACUCUGAACAUCUUAUUACAGAAAGUGCAAUAAUGACUUCGGGAGAAACUCAAACUGUAAACGAUUACCAACAGAGAAAAUGGCAACAUAUACGCAAAUUAUUGGAAAGAUCUGGUCCAUUUUGUCAUCCAGAUUUUGAACCAUCACCCGAAAUAUUAGAUUUUGUCAUGAGCUGCUGUAAAGUCCUUAUUGUUGGCGCUGGUGGUUUGGGCUGCGAGCUCCUCAAAGACCUCGCCUUGAUGGGUUUCAAAACUAUUCAUGUUAUUGACAUGGACACAAUUGAAUUGUCCAACUUGAAUAGACAAUUUCUCUUUAGAAAAACAGAUAUUGGUCUCUCCAAAGCUAAAUGUGCAGUUGAGUUUGUUAAUAAAAGAAUUCCUGGCUGUAAAGCCGUUGCACAUCAUUGUACUAUACAAGAUAUGGAUGAAGGGUUCUAUCGCCAAUUCCACAUUGUGGUCUGUGGCUUAGAUUCCAUCGUUGCACGCCGUUGGCUUAAUGGAAUGCUUAUGUCAUUAUUACAGUAUAAUGAUGACAGAAGCUUAGAUCAAAGCAGUGUCAUACCAUUAGUUGAUGGAGGUACAGAAGGGUUCAAAGGAAAUGCAAGAUUGAUCCUCCCAGGUAUGAGUGCAUGUAUCGAGUGCACCCUGGACUUGUAUCCACCACAAAAGACUUUCCCAUUGUGUACGAUUGCAAAUACACCAAGAUUACCAGAGCAUUGUGUUGAAUAUGUAAAGGUGAUCCAGUGGGCUAAAGAGAAUCCUUGGGGUGCUUCUACCCCAUUGGAUGGUGAUGACCCACAGCAUGUCGCUUGGGUAUUAGAAAAAGCACAGGAGAGGGCCAUCAAACAUGGAAUAACGAAUGUCACAUAUAGGCUCACUCAGGGUGUAUUGAAAAACAUUAUUCCAGCAGUAGCAAGUACUAAUGCAGCCAUUGCAGCUGCUUGCGCCACAGAGGUGUUCAAAUUAGCUACAUCAUGCUGUACCAAUAUAAACAAUUAUAUGGUGUUAAAUAUGUCCGAAGGAGUAUACUCAUACACAUUCAAUGCAGAACGCCGCCCAGACUGUGUAGCUUGCAGUAACACCACUAGAGUAUUAGAGCUAGAAUCUGAUGCAACUCUACAAACAAUUUAUGAUAAACUUUGUGAAGAUCAAGCUUUUUUGAUGAAAAGUCCAGGAAUUACUACUGUCAUAAAUGGUCGCAACAAAACACUUUAUAUGUCUUCAGUCAAAAGUAUUGAAGAAAGAACAAGAGAUAAUCUGAAGAAAAAAAUCACAGAACUAGGAUUGUAUAAUGGAGCCGAGAUCUUGGUUGCUGACAUAACAACUCCAAACACAAUUACCAUCAAAUUGAAGUUUGAUGAGAAUAUUGAUGUUGACAUGACUCGAUAAAACUUGUAGCAUGUAAUACUCAUAUAAG